AUGUAUUGCCAGAAAUGUCGAAAGCCGCUCCAGUUAGAUGGCUCACUGGAGUCGCUUAAUCCAGCUGCUUUUGAGCUGCUCGUCAACUCUACAGGGAAGACAAGCCCAGGGCACAGUACAGCAUCCUCGGCUCGAACCUCGUACCCUUCCGACCGUCACGCCACGUAUGAUCGAGCAGCUCAAAAUGCUGCUGCUCCGGUCUACAGGAGAUCGGUGCCUGCGCCGCGGUCGGGCGCGCAGCCGCAUCCACCAUCAAUCCCACGGGCAGAGAGCGGAAACAUGUCCUUUGUGAUGCUGACAGAAUCACAAUUUGUACCACCUCUUUCAGAGGAAAAUCUAUCUUUACGGCCAAAAGGGAAGAGUGUGCAAAGGUUAGAAGCUACCGAAGAAGACGGGACAUUCGCCAAUCAGGUCAACAAAACGGGCCGUUUGUUUGAGAUCAUCUCCUCACGCUCCGAUAUUGACCAUCCUAUCUGUGUAGAAUGCACAGACUCGCUCGUCGAGGCGUUGAAGAAGCGUCUGGUCGGAUCGACCAAAGAACGGGACGCAUAUAUCUCCUUUUUGAGAACAUUAAACACGGCCAUCCCGUCCACGGAGGAGUUGGAGGCGGCAGAGAAGUCGCUGCAGGAAAGCCUCAAAGUGGAAAAUGAUCUGCUGGCAGAGAUCGAAGCUUUGGAGCAGGAGAAGGCUAGAUUGGACGAGGAUAUUGGGAACCUGGAGGAAGAGUCUCAGCAAUUGGAUGCGGACGAGGAAGCCUUUUGGCGCGCCCGCAACAGCUUUGCCUUGACUCUAGGAGAGUUUCAAACCGAGCGUGAUGCACUCAAUAUGCGAUACGACCACGACUCACAGCAGCUGGAGCGACUGCAGAGGACGAACGUCUACAAUGACGCAUUCUGUAUUGGCCACGAUGGUUACUUUGGUACGAUCAAUGGGCUCCGACUUGGUCGGUUAGCGAAUCCCUCCGUCGAAUGGCCCGAGAUCAAUGCUGCAUGGGGCCAAACCUGUCUCCUUCUGGCCACCAUUGCAGAGCGACUUGGUUUUCAGUUCCAAGGAUAUCGAUUACGUCCUCUCGGCUCCACCUCUCGCAUCGACAAGGUAGAGUUUCCCACACCAUCACCUGGCGCGGGUCUCAAUGACCGUGGCACUCCCAAGGUCACUCCGUUGGAUCUGUUCUCCUCCGGCGACCUGCCGCUGAAUUUGCCCUGGUUACAUCGUCGCUUUGACAACGGCAUGGUUGCAUUUCUAGACUGUCUACGCCAGCUGGGUCAGUUCGUCGCGACCACGCCCGCCCCCACUGCGUCAAAUCGUCGAGGUCAGAACCACGGGCCCGCGAGUCCCGGCUUGAAAUUGCCCUAUGAGAUCAAGAAGGAUCGCAUUGGUGAUGCGAGUAUCAAGCUCGGAUUUAAUCAGAACGAUGAGACGUGGACCCGAGCUUGCAAAUAUACUCUGACAUGCUGCAAAUUCCUCCUCGCUCACGCCAGCAAUGUCGCGAGCGCCGGCUCGAACAACUCGGCUGCCGUUGCCGCUGCUGCCGUCGCAGCAGCGGACCAGGGUCGACCGAUGUCUUCCAGUCCUUCGAAACCUUCGGGUUGA